AUGAAGGCUCUAAUUCUCGUCGGCGGGUUUGGCACUCGCCUGCGACCUCUCACCCUCACCCUGCCCAAGCCCCUGGUCGAGUUUGGCAACCGCCCCAUGAUCCUCCACCAAAUCGAGGCGCUCGCCAAUGCCGGCGUCAAAGACAUCGUCCUCGCCGUGAACUACCGCCCCGAGAUGAUGACCGCCGCGCUGAAGAAGUACGAGCAAGAGUAUGGCGUGAACAUUGAAUACUCGGUCGAGACUGAGCCCCUCGGCACUGCGGGGCCACUGAAGCUCGCGGAGCGCAUUUUGGGCAAGGACGACUCACCAUUGUUCGUACUGAACUCGGAUGUCAUCUGCGACUACCCCUUCAAGGAGCUCGCCGAGUUCCACAAGAAACACGGUAACGAGGGCACCAUCGUCGUCACCAAGGUCGAGGAGCCGUCCAAGUACGGUGUCGUCGUGCACAAGCCAGACCACCCGUCCAGGAUCGAUCGCUUCGUCGAGAAGCCCGUCGAGUUCGUGGGUAACCGCAUCAACGCCGGUCUGUACAUCCUCAACCCCUCGAUUCUGAACCGCAUCGAGCUCCGCCCCACCUCGAUCGAGCAGGAGACUUUCCCCGCCAUGGUCAAGGACGGCGAGCUCCACUCUUUCGACCUCGAGGGCUACUGGAUGGAUGUCGGUCAGCCAAAGGACUUCCUCAGCGGCACUUGCCUCUACCUCUCCUCCCUCACCAAGAAGAACAGCAAGCUCCUUACUCCACCGACCGAGUCCUUCGUCAAUGGCGGCAACGUCAUGAUCGACCCCUCAGCCAAGAUUGGCCAGAACUGCAAGAUCGGACCCAACGUCACCAUUGGACCAAAUGUGGUGGUUGGGGAUGGUGUCAGACUGCAGCGCUGUGUCCUGCUUGCAGGCAGCAAGAUCAAGGAGCACGCUUGGAUCAAGAGCACAAUUGUAGGCUGGAACAGCACAGUCGGCCGCUGGGCACGUCUCGAGAACGUCUCUGUGCUUGGUGACGACGUGACGAUCGGCGACGAGAUCUACUGCAACGGAGCCUCUGUGCUCCCACACAAGAGCAUCAAGGCAAACGUCGAAACCCCGGCGAUCAUCAUGUAG